CAUUACCCAUGAUGCAGUGCAACUAAAGGUUCAAAUCCGACAUGAACACCUAACGAGCUAGACGUGUGUUUAACAUUCGCUUAAACAAACUACAAUAUUUAGAUUUUUGAUGUACGUUGGCAUUGUAAAAAGAUUAUGUCGCUGGUUCGCGAUCACUGUUGAUCUCUUUUUGGCGUUUUAGUAAUGUCUGCUGGUUUUUGUCAGUUAGCGCUGCUAAGCUAACUGUGAGCUAACUGACGCUUCUUCAGUGGAACUGUGCGUCCGUUGCAGCAGUCAUGAUUUAUUCGCUGCAUUAAGUGGAGCCACCGUUUUAUAAGAACGUUGAUCCGUACAGACCGGAACCAACAUGACUCUGGCUCCGAAGGAACUGACCAACCUGCUGAACAUAUUCACGGAGGACGCCUGCACCAACCUGUCCUUCGAGACACUGUCCACCCACUUCCAUCACUACUUCGGCAAAGCGGAGCACUUCAGGGUGGGUUCGGUGCUGGUUAUGCUGCUUCAGCAGCCGGACCUACUGCCCAGCUCCCCGCAGCGCCUCACCGCCUUGUACUUGCUGUGGGAGAUGUACCGAACCGAGCCGCUGGCCGCCAACCCGUUCGCUGCCGUGUUCGCCCACCUGCUGAACCCUUCACCUGCCGGCGAGGAGCAGGAGAAGGUUCUGUCCGGCUUCCUGCCUCCCAUCACCCAGCCAGAGAAGUUCUUCCUGUCUCAGUUGAUGUUGGCGCCACCCAGAGAUUUGUUCAAGAAGACACCCAGACAGGUGUCUUGCAUGGACGUCGGCAACAUGCCCCAGUCUGUAGACAUCAGCGGGCUGCAGCUGGCCUUAGCAGAGCGUCAGUCGGAGCUGCCCACUCAGAGCAAGGCCAGCUUCCCCAGCAUCCUUAAUGAUCCAGACCCGGAUUCAUCCAACUCUGGCUUCGACAGCUCAGUGGCCAAUCAGAUCAUAGAGUCCCUGGUGACAGGACCUCGGCCUCCACUAGAGAGCCACUUUCGUCCCGAGUUUAUUCGGCCUUCGCCACCUCUCCAUGUGUGCGAGGACGAGCUGGCAUGGCUGAACCCAACCGAGCCGGAUCACAGCAUUCAGUGGGACCGCUCCAUGUGUGUGAAGAACAGCACUGGCAUGGAAAUCAAACGCAUCAUGUCCAAGGCGUUCAAGAGUCCGCUGUCAGCUCAGCAGCAGUCACAGCUGCUGGCCGAGCUGGAGAAAGACCCAAAGCUGGUUUAUCACAUUGGUCUGUCCCCAGCGAAGCUGCCCGACCUAGUGGAGAACAACCCACUGGUGGCUAUCGAGAUGCUGCUGAAGCUGAUGCAGAGCAGCCAGAUCACAGAGUAUUUCUCUGUGCUGGUUAACAUGGACAUGUCGCUGCACUCAAUGGAGGUGGUCAACAGGUUGACCACAGCUGUUGACCUCCCCCCUGAGUUCAUCCAUCUCUAUAUCUCCAAUUGCAUCUCCACCUGUGAGCAAAUCAAAGACAAAUACAUGCAGAAUCGUCUGGUUCGUCUUGUCUGCGUCUUUCUCCAGUCGCUGAUCCGAAACAAGAUCAUCAAUGUUCAGGACCUCUUCAUUGAGGUCCAGGCUUUCUGCAUCGAGUUCAGUCGCAUCCGCGAAGCUGCUGGUCUUUUCCGCCUCCUCAAGACCCUGGACACUGGAGAAAACCCAGCUGAGGCCAAACCUGCCAAAUGAAACUGUGGCCUCAGCUCUCAGACACCCACCUCUAGAAAUGAGGACUGCUUCAGUCCAGUGACUUUUGUCUUUGUUUGAAACCGGACUCUACGUGUACGUGGACACAGUUGCUUAGUUGAGAAUUAAUGAGCUGACAGGUCACUGACUGGACCCAAUUCAGCCUCUCAUGUUCUCUCCUGCAGGUUUUUCCCUAAUUAAACACGUGGACUGCUUUUCA